AAUCCCAAAACUUUACGCUACUUUCUUUCUUUGUUUCAGUUGCUGUCACAAGAAGCCAAUAUCUCGUCCAAAAAACUGAUCCAUCGCAACAUUAAACACCCAAACUUGGAUGAUGCUGCCAACCAUUUUUAUCUUGUCACAAAUAAAUUCCCCCCUCUGUUUUGUUGUUAUUUCACACACCACCAAAUCUAUCUACCAGUCCAACAAGUAACCCCAUUUCUCUAACCAUAAACACACAGAGAGAGAGGAGGGAGAGAGAUAGUCCAACGCUUUGAUUCUUGCUUCACCCGCCAUGUCUCCGCCGUUUUUAAAACCCCACUUGGUUAUUACAGUUACAUAUGUUUGUUUUAUGUUGUUAUGUGAUAUUAUAGUACAUGGUCAUAAAGAAGUUUUUAGAACAGAAGAUGUGCUGCCCUUGUUGCCCAGACAGGUUUCCUGGCCGAUUCUCAACUCGCUCAACUCGGCCGUGGAUAUUAUGCCGACGUUUGUGGGGGCGGCGUCGAUGAAUAAUAACUCGUCGGGGUGGAAAGGGGCUUGCUUUUAUGAGAAUACUGCUUGGAUGGAGUUUCAUAAUAAGAGUGGGACUCAAUUUGGUGGUGGCACGCUUCAUCUCAAGGUUAGUAACGCACAUAGUUGGACAUGUAUGGAUUUAUACGUUUUUGCAACUCCAUAUCGUGUGACAUGGGACUACUACUUUAUAGCUCGCGAACAUACGCUUGAGUUUUCAGAGUGGGAAGGGAAAGCUGAGUAUGAAUAUGUUAAAAGAAAGGGAGUAUCAAUUUUCCUCAUGCAAGCAGGGAUGCUCGGAACACUUCAGGCGCUGUGGGAAGUGUACCCCCUUUUCACAAAUACUCAAUGGGGUGAGAAUUCUAAUAUUGCAUUUCUUGAGAAGCAUAUGGAGGCUUCCUUUAAAGAGCGUCCUCAACCGUGGUAUACAAAUAUUAGUGUUGACGAUGUACACUCUGGAGACUUCCUGGCCAUAUCAAAAAUCCGAGGCAGGUGGGGCGCAUUUGAGACUCUAGAGAAGUGGGUAUCAGGAGCUUAUGCGGGUCACACUGCAGUUUGUUUAAAGGAUCCUGAAGGCAAGCUAUGGGUUGGGGAAUCAGGACAUGAAGAUGAGAAUGGGGAGGAUAUUAUCGCAAUAUUACCAUGGGAUGAAUGGUGGGAAUUUGAGCUGACUAAAGAUGAUUCCAAUCCGCACAUAGCAUUACUUCCUUUGCAUCCUGAUCUUCGUGCCAGGUUCAAUGAGACUGCUGCAUGGGAGUAUGCUAGAAGCCUGACUGGUCAGCCAUAUGGUUAUCAUAAUCUAAUAUUUAGCUGGAUUGACACAAUUGAUCAAAACUAUCCUCCUCCCUUGGACGCUCAUUUGAUUGCUUCUGUUAUGACUGUGUGGAAUCAGUUACAGCCCGAAUAUGCUGCUAACAUGUGGAAUGAAGCAUUAAACAAGCGACUUGGUACAAAGGGACUUGGCCUUUCUGAAAUUCUGGUAGAAGUUGAAAGACGUGGAUCAUCUUUUGGUGAAUUGCUGGCUAUUCCUGAACAGGAUGACUGGAUAUACAGUGACGGGAAAUCUGCUUCAUGCAUUGCAUAUGUUCUCGGAGUGUACAAGGAAGCAGGACUCUUUGGUUCAAUAUCAGACUCGAUCCAAAUAACUGAAUUCACAAUCAGAGAUGCCUACACACUUAAUUUUUUCGAGAAUGACUUGAGCCGCCUUCCAAAGUGGUGCAACGAUGGGGACACGGUGAAGCUUCCUUAUUGCCAGAUUAAAGGAAAGUAUAGAAUGGAACUACCCGAAUACAAUACAGUUCAGCCGUACCCCCAUAUGAAUGAAAAGUGUCCGUCUAUGCCCCCAAAAUACUGGAGGCAGAGCAAUUGCUGAACCUCAGAAAAUGGGCUCAUGUUUAAACAUUUUAUCUAUAAUGUGGGCCAGCACUAGGUUUGUACAGUUACGGUUAUAGUUUUAGUGUAUCACACUCGUAUGACUUUCAAGGGAAUCAUGUAAAAUUGGCAUUGAUUGACAUGUCUAAAUGUUGUCUAUCUGUCUCACAUGUUAUUGUUACAUGUAGGAUCUUUGUUCAUUGUGUUGUAUAUGACAGAAAAUAUGUGAUAAAUAGAGAGCUUAGUAUUUGCUGGUU